AUGACGACCUCAAGCUCUGCCCCCUCGGGGGAUCUCACCUCCCAGAUCCUUCAGGCCCUGUCGGAAAAGAGCCCCCUGCUCUCCUCUGAGGCCUUCCCCGCCAUCGCCUUCCAGGACAUCAAGGCUGCCCUCGAUCGUCUGGCUUCACGAUCUAUGAUCACAUAUGAGACAAUUGACCGAGAAGAGGCUAUGCUCGAGCCCGAGGCAGAGCAGAUUGCUGAGCAUGGUAGUCACGAGGCGCGUGUCUUUGAGGCGCUGCGAAAUGCUGUGGAGGGGUUGUCGAUCCAGGACCUGGAGAAGGCCAUUGGUGAUAAGACAGUGACCAAGGUCGGACAGGGCAAGGCCUUCAAGGAGAAGUGGAUCAAGAAGAGCGACGAUGGCAAACUGGUUGCUACCGCCGAGUCGAUCGAGGAUGUCACCAGAGCGCAGCUUCAAAAGAUCAAGGAGACCCGAACCCACGAGCCCAAGGUCUUGACCGACCUGCGAAAGCGAAAACUGAUCAAGAUGCAAAAGGUCAUCAGCUUCAAGAUCGAGAAGGGCACCAAGUUUGCCCUGGAGAUUCAGAAGGAGGAGACAGAUCUGACGGCCGACAUGAUUGCGUCCGGAGCGUGGAAGACAGCCAACUUCAAGCCCUACAACUUCAAGGCCCUCGGUGCGGACCAGAACGCCGGCGCUCUGCACCCGCUCAACAAGGUGCGACACGAGUUCCGACAAAUCUUCUUCGAGAUGGGUUUCGAGGAGAUGCCGACCAACAAGUUCGUCGAGACUGGAUUCUGGAACUUUGACGCCUUGUUCGUGCCCCAGCAGCACCCUGCCCGUGAUCUUCAGGACACUUUCUACAUUUCUGACCCCAAGGUUGGCGAUGCGCCGCGGUCAGAGGAGGGACAGAACACGGAGGAAUACUGGGAGAGUAUCAAGCAGGUGCAUCAAAACGGCAAGUUUGGAUCGAUUGGUUACAGAUAUCCCUGGUCAGCCGAGGAGACCAAGCGAUUGGUGCUGCGAACCCACACUACUGCUAUUUCAACAGCCAUGCUGUACAAGCUAGCGGCGCAGAAGGGACCUGACGGCCGCCCACCACCUGCACGAUACUUCUCCAUUGAUCGCGUCUUCCGCAACGAGACAGUGGACGCAACCCACCUGGCUGAGUUCCACCAGGUCGAGGGUGUUAUCGCUGACUACGGACUUACACUGGGUGGAUUGAUGGAGUUCAUGGAGGUUUUCUUUGCCAAGAUGGGCAUCACCAACCUCAAGUUCAAGCCGGCCUACAACCCGUACACAGAGCCCAGCAUGGAGAUCUUCAGCUACCACGAGGGUCUGGGCAAGCUGGUGGAGAUUGGAAACAGUGGCAUGUUCCGACCUGAGAUGCUGGAGCCCAUGGGUCUGCCCAAGGACAUGCGGGUGUUUGGUUGGGGUCUGUCACUUGAGCGACCGACCAUGAUCAAGUACAAGAUCUCCAACAUCCGAGAGCUGCUGGGCCACAAGGUUGAUCUCAACUUUAUCGAGAGAAACCCUGCGGUGAGAUUAGAGAAGGAGUAA